AUGAAUGUCUGUGGUAAUAUUGUAUUAGUGAAUUAAUGAUUGUAUUGGAAGUUUAUUGAAAUUUUUGUUUUGAAAAAAUAGUGUUUCGAGUUUCAUAAUUAAUUAAAAACUACGAAAUUUUCUUCGUUUAGUUGUACAAACAAAAUGCCUUAUUGUAAUCAACCAACUGUUCAUAUAACAGAUUUAACUGACGAAAAUGUCAAGUUUUACGUGGAAGAUACUGAAUUAAGUGUUGCCAACAGUAUGCGGCGUAUUUUCAUUGCUGAAACACCGACAUUAGCCAUUGAUUGGGUUCAGUUAGAAUCAAAUUCAACUGUAUUAAGCGAUGAAUUUCUAGCCCACCGAAUUGGGCUUAUACCAUUAAUUUCAGACGAAGUUGUGGAUCGAUUACAAUAUCCAAGGGAUUGUUUAUGUGCUGACUUUUGUACGGAAUGCAGUGUUGAAUUCACAUUAGAUGUAAGAUGUACGGACGAACAAACACGUCAUGUAACUACAGCUGAUUUAAAAUCAAGUGAUCCUCGCGUUCUACCAGUAACAUCAAAACAUCGUGAUGAUGAAAGCAGUGAUUAUGGAGAAACAGAUGAAAUACUAAUUAUUAAACUACGUAAAGGACAGGAAUUAAAAAUGCGUGCGUAUGCUAAAAAGGGAUUUGGUAAAGAGCACGCUAAAUGGAAUCCUACAGCUGGUGUCUGUUUUGAAUAUGAUCCGGAUAAUUCAAUGAGGCACACAUUGUUUCCAAAACCAGAUGAAUGGCCAAAAAGUGAAUAUACCGAAUUAGAUGACGAUGAAUAUGAAGCACCAUAUAAUUGGGAAGCAAAACCAAAUAAAUUUUAUUAUAAUGUGGAAUCUGCUGGUGCAUUAAAACCAGAAAAUAUCGUUCUAAUGGGAAUCGCAGUACUUAUUAAUAAAUUGUCAAAUCUACAAACACAAUUAAGUCAUGAACUACAAAUAGAUGCUCUUGCAAUUCAAUAAGCCAAUGCAUGAUGUUCAUUAUAACGCCAGACAAUAGCGAAGUUUGGCACUCUUGUUCGCAUUGCACUAAAUUACAGGAGUUUUUUAAUUGUGUUCAGUAUUAUAUUCUGGAUUUAAAACUUCAAAAUCUCUAUAAAUUUCAGUCAGGCAUAAGUCACCAUCUUGAAAAAGCUAUCGUUAUUCAUGCCCAUACCUUUCGCCUAUUUGUUUUUGUAAUUUUUUUUUCAAAAAACGCACGCGAUAGAGUCAAAAGUUUGUUAAAUGAGACCAUAAGACUUAAACGGUAAGUUUUAUAAAAAAAAUUACUUGAGAAAAAAGAUGGACACAGGAGUAUUUAAUAUUUUAAUGUUUAUAAUAAAGAUUAGUAUGUUUUUUGUCCUUAAUUGUACGGUUACUGAGAUAUAGGAUAAGGUAGGGAGUGUUUUUUCAAAAUAGUAACUAUGUCGGAUCAUAAUUUGUACGGUUUAUGAUCUUAUACUCAGUACGUGAUACUAAAUCUGAUUAAAAAAUAAAAUAAUUUAGUGCAAUAAAAUAUUGCCCAUUUAUUACCGAUCUAAAUAGAUACAUUCAUAUUUUAGUUU